AAUCUUAAAGAUCUAUAAUAAAUAAAUAAAUUAUGGAUAGUAACUUCACCAUUCAAAACUUAACACCAAAAUCUUUGAUUGAGCAAUUCGGAUCUCCACUAUAUGUUUAUGAUGAAGACAUUAUAAAAAGAUAGUGUUAAACAAUUACAAAAGCCUUAUCAAAUUCAUUUGAUUAAGAUGCUAAGGUUUUGUAUGCUUGUAAAGCUAACACCAAUCCAAACAUAUUAAAAAUAAUGAGAUAAAAUGGAAUACAUGGCAUAGAUGCUGUUUCACCCAAUGAAGUUGAAGUAGCUUUGUAAGCUGGAUUUCUUAAUCAUUAAAUAACCUAUACAGCUAAUUAUAUGACCAAAGAGGAAAUCACAUAUGCAAUUCAAAAAGGAGUGAUUCUUAAUGUUGGUGAAAUUGACACUUUAUAUAAACUUAUAGAAUAUCAAGCUGAAGUAAUUAUUCGAUUAAAUUUGGAUGUCGGUAUUGGACAUCAUAGUCAUGUUAACACUGGAGGAAAUGAUAGUAAAUUUGGUAUCAAUCUCAUUUGGAAACAAUAAAUUUCUGAUAUCCAAAAAUAAGGUGUAAAAAUUAUUGGAUUACAUCAACACAUGGGUAGUAAAAUUAUGAAAAAGGAUCAUGAUUCAUAUUUAUUAGGAAUUGAAAAAUUAUUUUAAGCUGCCACCUAAGAAUUAGAAUUACCAUAUUUAAAAUAUAUAGAUAUUGGAGGAGGAUUUGGAGUCAAAUAUGAACAAUAAGAAGAAAUUAGUGAUUUGGACCUUCUUUUUUCAGAAAUUAAAAAGUUAUAUGAUAAAUAUUUCACAACCAUCAAACCAAUUUUAUUUAUUGAACCUGGAAGAUAUUUGAUUGCUGAAUCAGGUUAUUUAUUAUGUACAGUUCAAGCCAUUAAUACCAAUAAAUCUAAAACAUUUGUAGGAACUGAUUCUGGAAUGCAUCAUCUAAUUAGGCCAGCAUUAUAUUAAUCAUAUCAUUAAAUUAUAAAUUCAGAAUAAAAAUCAGUUGAAUCAAGAAUUGUUACUGUAUGUGGUAAUAUAUGUGAGAGUGGAGAUUUACUUGGAGUUGAUAGAGAUUUAAGAGUCGAAAUAAAUGAUGUUCUUGUUAUUUAAAAUGCAGGAGCUUAUGGUUUUUCAAUGAGUUCAAAUUAUAAUCUAAGAGAGAGACCAACAGAAUUGUUAAUUAGAAAUAAUCAACCAUAUAUAAUUAGAAAAAGAGAAACUUUAGAUUAUUUAUUGGCAAAUGUUAUAAAUUUAUGA